AUGGACAUAAUUAUGGACAAGGCUUCAGAUGAUUGCGUUGAAAAUGUGUACAAGUGGACGAUGACAUGCAGAAUGGAGCUUGAUUUUCAGCUGCUAUGUCCUACGAAUUCGUUUGAGCCAUUAAACGAGUUUGGCCAUGUAGUCCAUGAUGCGAACCAUCAGAGGAACUUAAUUCUCGUGGAACGUUAUGUUGUCUCUACCGGAAACUAUUGGAACUAACAAUGGCUGAUUGUACGCAAUGCAGCCUGGGGAGACUACAGAUCAUUACCAAGACCAGGUAAUUGGGACAACUACGUAGCCCACUCUCGUAACCACUGCACUCAACUGCUCAGAGAUGACAAAGUCGCAUAUCGGCAUAAAAUGGCGAAAACUUGUAGCGCUAACCACAACUGCUUUACCAGUUUCUCAGUGCACCUCGUAAGGUGAGACAGGGAAUU